AUGAGGCUAAAGGACAAGAAUCGGCCGAGGAGUCCGCUUUCAGGUUUCGCUUGCUUUGUUCAAGUGAUUAGGGACAAGCAUCGCUCUCUACAUCCAAAUGAAAACGUAAUUUUUAAUGAAUUUGCUAAGAGCCUCUUUACUGCACUUUUGAAGGAGAUGCCUCCUGACAAACGUGCUCCCUUUGAGGAGAUGUCUCGCUUGGAUACAAAGCGUUACAACAGAGAGAUGGGAGAGUAUGUUCAACAGCAACAGCUGCAACAACAGCAACAGCUUCCACCUCAGCCGAUGAUGCAUCCACAGCAACAGCAGCAGCAGCCUCAAUCAGGUGGGCAACUAUCAAAUUUUGAACACCAUCACCAUCACAUGCGGGGAGCUAAGAGGCGGCGGCUAAAGGACCCGUCAAUGCCCAAGCGCGCCCUCUCAGCCUUCUUCUUCUUCUGCGAUCACUAUCGAUCCGAAGUUCGUAACGCACAUCCGGAAUGGAGAGUUAGUGAGGUGGCCAAAGAACUUGGGCGUCUUUGGGAUGAGUGCUCGGACAAGGCUCCCUACGAACUGCAGGCGCAGAAGGAUAAACUGCGCUAUGAGGAAGAGAUGCGUCGGUACAAGGAGGGGACUUUUGUGAUGGCACCAAAGCGACUGCGCGACGUCUCAGCCAUGUCUGAAGGCGGUGUUAUUGAAGGUGGAACUAGUGAUGGUGGUCGAGGCAUUGGCGACGGUCCUGGUGGUGUUAAUGUUGCCAACUGCUUCGAGAUUGAAGGCAGUCGCGAGGCCGACGAGAUGGAUGGCAAAGGCGGGGAAGACGACAUUGAUGAUGAAGAUGUCGAUGAUUACGAAGAAGAUGAGGAAGAGGAGGAAGAGGGAGAUGAAGAAGAUGAGGAUGCGGAUGAAGGAGCGGACGAAGAGACAGGUUAUGAGGAGGAAGUGAGGGGAACGGUGGAAAAGAUGGAGGAAGACGACGAUGCAGCCCAUAUGACUGCGCAAAACGAAGGGGCGGGAGUAGGUAGUGGGGGCGACGUCGAGAAAACGACACCAAAUCAUCACCACAACCAGCGUCAAGCCCCGAACGCCUUCUCAGUUGCUUACGUAGUCAGCGGUGGUGCUCAUAAAGGCGAAUCUGGUAUCGCUGACGAGGGCGUUUCGGCGGAAGGGGCUCAUAGCGCGACAGCCAAUGAAGAUGACUAG